CUUGUCUCUGAUGAUGCUAUGUACUAGUGACAUCUACGCACUCAUCACCUACUCCAGUUUUGUGGAGAGUUUCUUCAUUAUGUUGUCAGUCAGUGGAAUCCUGUGGUUAAGGUACAAGAGACCCAACAUUCCACGCCCCAUCAAGGUGUCUGUGUGGAUCCCGAUCUUCUUCAUCAUCAUUUGCCUGUUCCUAGUGUUCCUCCCUAUCUACUACAAGCCUCUAGAAGUAGCCGUCGCUGUUGCCAUCACUCUUACCGGAGUUCCGGCUUAUUUCAUCGGAGUCAGAUGGACCAACAAGCCUCAAUGGUUCCAUCAGGCACAUCAGUCCAUGACAUACUUUGUGCAAAAGUUGUUCAUGUCGGCCAAAGAACACGUGGAAGAAGACGAUGAUUAACCUCUGAGAGAGAAGCAGGGACGAGAGUUAGUGAGCUGAUAUUCGCUGGAUCUGCGACCACUCGUAACUUAACUCUAACUGUAACGUUCAUCUGUAAGGUAUUGUGAACGUAAAAUUAACUACAAUGUCAGUGUGUCGACCAAGCUGAAUCUCAAGUUAAUGAUAGUUUGGACCAGUAUUUAUUUUUCUACGCCAGCAUUUCGAAUGAAUCUAUUAUGUUGACUAUUUACAGUUUAUUAUUUACAGUAUGAGAAUGUCAUUGGUAUUGUUACAGCUUUAUUGACAGGUUUGGUCUAUGAAAGGACUUGCUUGUAGGAGUUUUCUUGCCAUUUUUCGUCUUUAAACAUUUUAUCCGAAUCACAAAAGAUUAACUGAUAGACUGCAGAUUGAUAAGCGUUUUCCAUUCUGAAAAUUAUUUAUUUUAUUUUACCCCAAACUAUCUGGAAUUGCAACCAAAUCUACCUCAAUUUCUUAUUGCAUCUUAAUUUUGUGAAAAUUUGUUUGCCUACGAGUGAUAAAAAGCUGCAUUUAAAUAAUUAUAAAAAAUCACAGUAAUUAAUACUAGUUGGAACCAUAAUUGAAAAAACCCCUAAAUGAACAUUGAGGAAAGACUCAAAUGGGUGAAAGGUAAAACAAUUGGAACUUUACCUAGCAUUUCUUUCUAGUUUAAGUACCAAUGUCAAUUUAUCUAAGAUGUUUUGCAGUCUUGGUUUAGGAAGAAAGCAGCAGCAACUUAUCUAAAAUUUGAAUCCAUAAAUGCGAGAGUAGGUUAUAAUUUAAUUAGUAUGUUGAGGGACGAAGUGUUACUUUACCACGGUAAAUUUGAUGAGCCACCCAAAAUUCCUAUAUAGAAUUAUCAAGUAUAAAUGGCAAGUACCUACUUAAGAAGAACACUGUGCUAGUAUUACAUAGUAUUUUAUAUCUUAGUUAAGAUUUUACUAGUUUUAAACUUUUAUUUAGUUUAAUUGUUUCAUCACCUUGAACUUAAAUGUAAGAUUAUACAAUUGCUUGUGAAAGAAAAGUAUACAGUAUAGGUGAGUAAUCAAGGAACUUCUGUUUGUUUUAUUACAAAUUUUUAAGAUUAUACAUUUUGAACAUUUAUGAGUAAUGUGUAAUUUAUUAAUAUUUUCAAGUAAGGACACUGAUUCAAUGCUAAAAACAUCACCUUUCCACUUGACCAAGAGAUCUCGUUCAAAUUCGAAUCUAGUCUUAACGUGUUAUUUAAUUUUAGAUUAUUUAUUAUUUAAAAUCAAAAAUAGCUUUAUGUUCGUUUUAAAUAUUUAAUAGCAAUAAAUUUAAGUGUCAAAAACUCAUUUAAGGAUUAGUGAUAUAAUUUGAGUGUGAUUAAAUUAAUUUGCACAAAGUUGUACAGCCUAUUGUCCAGUUCUUAGCCUAUUUAUACUUAGUAACCAGUGUUGUGAUGAUGUUAUUUACUAGAUACUUCAUGAUUUCGUUGUAAAAAAAUUUGGUAAAACUGAAUAUUAAAUGUGAAACCGGUGAUUUUUUUUUUACUGUUUAAAAUAUGUGGUGGUAUACAUUUUUUAGAAUUGAGAAGAACCUUGAAGGUCUACCCGGAACAAUCUUUUUUUACUUAACAUUUACUCUAUAAAUAUAAUAAAUUGAAAUGUUAUAUAGAUAGCUAUUUUAGACAAUGUUUCCAUUCAUACACUCGUUGUCUUCCAUGUUUUAUACUAAAUACAUGAACAAAGUUUAGAGGUUUCAUGUUCUUUUCUCCAUUACUCAGUAGCCUGUUGUAUUUUUUUAGCUAUUGACUAAAAUAAUUUCCACUUAUCAUUACUACAAAUGAUUUAAUUUUCAAGUAAAAUACUGGUUUAAUUUACAAAUAAUUCAUAUGUAACAGUUAUAGCAAAGAAUCCAAACCUAUCCACCUUAAGGGACAAACUUGAGUGACAUGACCCCAAAAAGAAAAAGAAGUUUAAUUCUUUCUCAAAACUUUUCUUACAGUAAGAACCUUUAUCCUAUUGGUCCACAUCUAGCCUUAAUUUAGUACUGUAUAACCCCGGUAAUUCCCAUAUGGGACUGGUACCAUUGUUGGAACAGUGAAAAAAGUCUAAUUAUCCGAAGAGCAUAUUAAAUUACCACAUUAAUUGAUAAACUGACAUUUAAUGAUCGCUUGUGAUCGCAAAAGACGAUGAUAAUGGUUCCAUGACCACAGGAGGCGUACGAUAUUUUGAUACAAUCGUGGGAGCUGAUGAUGUUUCCGUGAUUGGGGGAAAAGUUUGCCUGAACACGGGAGACGACGAUAAUUUUCCUUUUACCGCAGGAAAUAUUCAAGAGUAUGCCGUGAUUACAGAUAAAAAUUAUAAUUUUCCUGAUCGCAGGAAACAAUUAUGAUAUUUCCUUUACUGCAGGAGAUAUUUAGGAGUUUUCUGGGAUCGCAGAUGGUAUUGUCGGAUUAAAUUAGGAGUCGGACAAACCGAGGUUGGAUUAUUGGGGUUCUACUGUAUAGGAUGUAAAAGCUUCAAUGGAAGCAGGGUUACAUGCUUCUGAACAAGUCAUAAAUAAUUUAUUUUCUGAAUAGGUAACUACAGGAAUAACAUUUCAACAUAAACUAUCAUCAACAUAAACAUAACAAAUUGUUAGCCUAUACAUUUUACAUUUUUUUCUUUGUUCAGUUUUAAAAUUUAUACAGUUUGGUGGUAAAGAUCUGCCGUAUUGGAAUUUUCCAAAUUUCAAUGAAUAAAAUUAUAAAAUAGUACUUAACAUUGCCUCUGUGAUGAUAUUUAUUAACUAGUCAGAAAUUGUGUAUGUCUUAGCUUUUUAACAUGGCUGCUUCACAUAAAGUAUACAAUAAACAUUUCUUGCCAAUUACUGAAUUUUUAUAUAUGUCAGUGGUACUCUAUAGUUUUUGUAUGGUAAUUAAAUAAUUAAUUAGAAAUGAAACUAGCUUGCCGAUAAUUUACUUUAGCCAUCUCGAUCUUACUAUUUUUAGUCUCAAUUUAACUACCUUUCUUCCCUAGUGGAUUUAUGUAAAAACUAUUCUCAUGAAAUUCAAAGUAGAUGCAAAUUCAUACCUCUGAAUAAAUAUCAGCUUAAUACAAUUUUAUCUUUGUUUUAUAAAACAAUAUUAAGUUUAGAACGGAUAGUUCAGGGCUUACUAAACCACUUUUGAUCGAUAAUUGUCAACUUUUUCUCAUACACUACUUACAAAAAUGGACGUGUUGUAAAAAACCUAAAAAUAACCUAACUAUUCUACAAAAAAAGAAAAUAAACUGAAAACAAAGUAUCAUCCAGUUAUUCAACCAACAUAAAGAAACUUGCUACACCUUGUGUGGACGUGAAAUAUACCACAAUAAAACAACAUUUAGAUAAUAUAAGUCUUAUACAAAUGUGUAUAAAGUAUUUUCUUACUAAAAGUAUUUUUUCCAAUUUGUUUAUGUUCCAAUAUUUUCAACCCCAGGAAUGUAUCUGAAAUGUGUUGUUGGGUGCGCCCCAGAUCUCUUGUACCCUUUCAGAUAGGGUUUCAUAAACUGAGCAGUUCAUAUUUAUCCUCAAGUAACUCUUUACUGAGACAACACUUGAAACUUCUCAAAUCAUUUGCAUUAAAAACACAGAUUUGAAUUAUUGAACUGAUAAGUUAGCCUGCAAAUUGUAGGAAAGCUGAUAUUUCUGGGAGAACCAGGUGUGCCAUAUGUGUUAAGGACGUUUUGCGUCAGGCGCAAAUAGUAUCAUCCCUAACAAGUUUUAUAAGUGUACAGUUGUAUGUAAUUGUUACAAACUAAUAAAAAAAAAACAUAGAUGGAAGUAUUUUACAUAAAUUUAUAGUAAUUAGAUGAUAGGAUCCUAUUAAAAUUUACCUCAACAUGUAAUUUCAAAUUAUUAAAAAAGUCAAAUCUCAGUGUAAUAUGUUAUAUUAAACCUGUACUUGUAUCAUGCAUGACAAUACAAAAUGUCAUUGGUGGCAAUAGUGAUAAUUUAUGGCCUAUAGCAAUGUUCUUGUAAAGCAUAUGUUUCUGUAUAUGAACACUUUGGACUGUAAAAGAAAGCCAACAAAUAAAAUUUUUGUAAUUUA